AUGAAUCAACAAUCAAAUCCAAUUGAAAUUGAUGUCAACGGUAUAAAUGAGAAUAUUUUCUCAAUAAUCGAUGUAUUACCAACUACAAACGAUAUUAUUCACGAAGAAAAUAACGAUGAAAUUGAAGAUAAAUCAAUUUCAACAAAAAAAACUUGGUGUUCAAUAUUAAAUCCAAUUGUUCAACGAGUUCUUGGAUUUAGUUUAUUUUCAGUUAUAACAAUUCUUCUUGGAACACUUAUUGUUUGUUACACAACACCAAAAUCGACAGUGAAAAAAUGUGAAUUAAACUUCGUUCAAACAAAUCCAAAUCCAAUUGAAUAUAAUUAUGGUCCACGAUCAGUUGCUACAUGUGAUGUUAAUAACGAUAAUUGGUUAGAUAUUGUUAU